AUGGCGAACCAGGGCGUGCCACGGUGCACGCUGUGCCUUUUUAUUGCCACCAUCAGCUGCCAUGUCAUGGUCCUCGUCGGAAACCUGUACACCUCCAAGAUGCUGAGCGGCAUCGGCAGGUCGGCCAGCGGCUGGGGGAGUGUGGCGUCCAGCGUCUCGUACGCGUUGGACAAUGAGCUUCAGCCUGCGAUGGGCAACGUGACGCAGUGGCUCUCCACAGCCGUCGACGUCAUUGACGAGUUCGAGGAAGGUGUGGACAACAUGUUGUCCCUGACUGGCUCCACCAUCGAUAGCACUCUGAAACAAUAUGCGCCGAACAUGACCGAGGCGAAGUUCGAGGCGAUUGCUCGACAUCAUGUGGAGCAAGUGGCCACCAAAGCCAUGAAGAAGGUGGAGCCUUUAACCUACAAAGUCAUGGACAGCUUGAGGCCUCCCUUGAAGCAAGUCAACGAGUGGUUGGGCAGCUUCAGCGAGAAGAUCCAGGACACCUUGGAGGAGUUCGGCACCGUUGCCGAUCGUGCACAGAAGUUGGUGGACCAGGUGAUGACGCAGGUGAACUCUGCUGGAGGAAUGGCCGAGGAGAUGCUUUGGGAUACGUAUCACAUCUUCGAUCCCUAUGACGAUGGCAUUCAGCUCCACGAGUUCAAGUUGGUCGCCGACCAGUACGGCAUCUCCGCCCUCCAGGGGCAGAAGGCGAAUCAGCUCUUGAUGAAGUACGACGACAGUGGUGAUGGAUCGAUCCAAAUCAACGAGUACGAGAACAUGGUCACUGACCCCUCCGUACCAGGCAUGAUGACUACGAUCCUGAGGACCUACUCGAAGAAGCUGGCUUCCGUAGGCUCCGCGGUGAGGAACAGCCACAUGCGCGCAGAGGUGGCGGAGAACGUGGUGGACUACCUGAACAUUGUUUGUGGGAAGAAUCUCACCAAGGUCGAGUGGAUCACCUCCAAGUUGGUCAACGGCCAUUUGCCCAUGGAGUUUACCGCGGACAUCUUCUACCAGCUCUACAUGAAGAAGAUGGACCCCAACAACCUCUCCCCCGUGGAUGUGGGUUCAUUGGUGAUCAACUACACCAUGAAGGCCAAUGCCAAGAACACCGUGGCUGCUGUGGAUCAACUGGCGGACACCACCUUCUUCGCCAAGGAGGGCUUCGAUAUCACCAUCGAGGACGAGACCGUGGUCCAGGUGAUCCAAUGGGUCACCACCGCCAAAGGGGGCGAGGCUGCCAUGAAGGCGUUUGCCAAGAUUCAGCCCAAGGGCUCGGAGAGCUACGCGGACGCGUACAACACGGCGGUGCUGAAGAGCGAGCAGCGCUACACCGCCCUGACGGGCAACACCGGUGGACAGAGCCAAUACCACUCCGACGCGGCCCUGAACUUGAGGGACAUGCUGCUGGGCGGCAGCAGCGCGACCAGCAGCUCUGGGGAUCCAGAUGCCUUGCAGGCCUCGUCCGGGGCUCAGCCGGCGAAGCCGCAGACCUUGCUCUUCGCGGAGGAGUUGGCCAACAACGUGAGCCGCACCGUGACGGAUUUCAACAACCAGUGCUAUGCCUACUCGGGAACCAGCUCCAAUCCCUUGGAUAGCGCCUGCAACAGCAUCAAUGGGAUGAUCAAGAAGACCCAGAGCUUCUUGACCCUUAUGAACGAUGUGGCUGGACCUGGAGGACAGGAAUUCCUCCACAAGCAAGCCGACCAGUUCCUCAAUGGUACUGUGCAGGACAUCAUGCUGAUCUCCGACGCAUUGGUGGCGAAGGGACUCAAAACCGCCCAGUGCGCGGCGGGACAGAAGGCCGCCUGCAACUACGCCUAUCAGGACGGAGCUCCGGAGCGCGCCGAGAGCCGAGAGUCAUCUCGGUGGGUUUGUGGCAGCGCCCAGGUUUGGCAAAAAGGAUGGUGCGCCGUCACGAUGUUCCAGGAGUUUCAUUUCGGGAGACUGAAGGUUCUAGGGCCGCCCUUGGGUGCUGUCACAUCUACAAACCGAUGGGACUACAAAGCACUCCUUCUGUGA